AUGGCCGACACUAUGUCCAUUGACAAGAAGGAGUCCACCCGGGAGGGCUCCGAGGAAUCCAUGGACCUUAACUCCCCAACUCCAGAAGCCGAAACUGGAGCACCCCAGGAAAAUGCUGCUCAACAGAAGAGGAAGGGUGGCCGGAAGCCUAUUUAUGCCACCUCUGAGGAACGCAAACAACGUAACCGUCAAGCACAAGCUGCUUUUAGAGAGCGCCGGACGGAGUACAUCAAACAACUUGAGGAGACCAUCCGAGUGCAUGAGACUAAUUUGCACAAUUUGCAGACCGCCCACCGAAGUGCCGCUGAUGAGUGUCUUAUGUUGAGGUACAAGAACUCUUUACUAGAGAGGGUCCUGCUAGAGAAAGGUAUCGAUGUUCAGGCCGAACUAAGGGCAAAAACUGGAAGUCCUCAUCUUGGACCAACCCACAUGCCAAACAUGGCUCAAGCUCCUACUGUUCAGAGAGCGAUCAUGAAUCGGCACCAUCAAGCAAGACGAUCCAACUCUAGCAUUGCUCCUAAACUAGAACCAGGAGCGCCUCUGCAGUCUCCGCAGACUCGACCGACACCGUCUUCUCAUGCCUCCUCCCCAGCCUCUCAUUCGCCAGGAUUCAAUCCUCCAGGUGUCAUGACACCUCCAGCUUCAGAGUCGCAGAUGCAAUUCCAACAUCAUCAUCAACAACAACGGCUCCAAGCCGCCAAACCACAGCAAUCCCACCCAGUCCCAGGAGCUUCCGGGAUACUUGGACACGCCGCGGGCAUGGGAGGCCUUAUAGGAACCAAAGGCCAGGGAGUCGGUGUGGCAGGUAGUACGGGAGGUGCUCCCAUGGGCGCCGCGUAUUAUCCCCCGUCCGCCGACUACCAGAGUCAUAUUGAGCAUAUUAAGCAACUCGAACAGGAGUACGACGCGCAAGCCGAUAUGAUCGAUGACCAAGAUCCAACCGAAUCUGGGCCCGGGCCUUACCCUGAACCAAUUCCAACGGCACAGCAGCAGAUUCCGAAUCAGUUCCAGCAGAUAGGGAAUCAAGGAUCAAGUCAAGGCAUACAGACUAGCGAUCAUCCCCAAGGAUACACUUCCAUGGCACAGCAACUUAUGGACCCGUACGACCCAAUGCUCGACAUGGAUCCAUUCGGCCUUUCAGCUUCAAUGCAAUUCCCUUCAUCCUUUUCCUUUGAUACAAGCUCGAUGCGAUGA